UGACAACCGUUGCCGAGUCCAACAGUUCCAUGCCUGUAGUUAACUUUCACUUGGAUACUGAGAUUUCUAAAGUUUUAUAUCGUUUUAGCAAUGCAGAGGACAAUGAAACGGAGUUUAAUAACUUGCAGUAACAUUUAAAACAAGAAGAUGGAAAGGAAAUAUUUCCCAGAUUUCGGUGUCUUGGUGCCUCAUCCACCCAGCAAACCUCCAGAGCCCAAGCCUCCAGCUCUAAGUCACAGGCACAGACUCGCUCCAGUCAGAACAUGCUCUGUGAAUGAACAGAUGGGGAUCUACUCAGAUAGUAUAACUAAACACAAGUUCCAGUCUUUAACAGCGGGACCAGGCAUCAAGCAGAGGUCACAGGGACCAUCCAUCAUUCGGUUUUGUGAUCCCAACACUACAAAGGUUACAACCUUAAAGACUCCAUAUGACCAGGGCAAGCAUGUUGAAAAGCAAAAGCCUGGACCUACCUCACAGCAAUCACAGCAAUCACAGCAAUCACAGCAAUCACAGCAAUCACAGCAAUCACAGCAAUCACAGCAAUCACAGACUUCUUACUUCCCCCGGGGUGGAGAUUCACCCAAGGUCCAGAUACCUUACCAAACAGCUCCUGGCCAGGUCCCGCGCAAGUUAGAGAUAGAGAGACGUCGAAGGGAAUAUUUGAAGUUAGACAUUGAACAGCUCCUGGCAGAACAAGGCAUCUAUUCAAAUCUUUUAAUGCCAACACAUCAGAGCAGCAGUGAUGAUCAUGAGACUACAACAGACAAUCCUGUUUCACCCUACUUAUCCCUGGAAGUAUUUGACAAUGAGGACUUUGAAUGCCGGAAUCCAGGAGACUGGCUUGCCCUGGGCAUUGCUGAAAAAUCACUGGAACAAAAACCUAUCCCUGCAAAAGCUCUGCUUCCUACCGAUGAUGAAAUUAAUUCUGAUGAGCCACAAAGCUCCUCCCUGGAGUACAGCUGGCAUCUAGUCGCUGUUCUUGACUAUAGUAAGGAGAAAUGCCAGUACCUUGUACAGAAAGUUUGCCAGAACAGCCAACUGACAGAUGAAAAAGGUCGUCCUAUUCUAAAUGAAGAACACAAAAAGAGCAAAUCUCCUGCAGGCACAACGUUCUGGGUACCCAGGAUCAGAUUGGUUUUCAGUGCUGAGGACCCACGUGUGUUUGUCAAACGGAUCCAGUUUGCCCUGCGCUGGCAGGAAAACACAGAAGCUCUGCUUCUCUAUCACCUUUCUGUGGACUGCAUGCCAACCUGGAAGGGAACCCCAUCUCUUGAUAGCCACGCUCUCCAGAGUAUUAAAAGAGUCACGCUUUCAGCCCCCGGGCUCGGACAGAAAAUUUUGGAGAAGUGUAUCGGGGAUCUGGAGAAGGAGCUCAAACUGGAUUAUGAGCGGACAAUGAACCGCAUGAGAUUUAACAGAGUUGUGAUGAGACACCCAGAGGAGUUUUCACACAUCACCCUGCCACAGAAGGGUCCUGAAUGUGUACCCCAAUCAGGGCGUGUUCCAGUUCCCACAUUUCCCUAUGAGGAGUAUAAAACAGCUUUCUUCUUCAAGUCCCUGCUAACAAAGCCGGAGGUGAUCCGUGUGUUAUCUGAAAUCUCGUCUGAGUGCAACAAAGUAGCAAACAUGAGGCUGUUCAAUGUCACCUCGGUCAAACCACUGCGACUGGACGAGUUUGAAGUCAUUCAGGCUCAAAUGCAUACUCAGGUAAGCUUAUUUCUUAGGGAGGGAUGGAUGGUCUCACUGAGCAACUGCAUCCGAUUCCACCUGCUGAGUUUUGGCCCUGGCACUUACAAUGUGGACGAGUCUCACUGGGAGAUGUACAAGAUGUCCAAGCUGUACAGAUUGAUGGCUGUGGUGCGCUUCAACCUGCAGGACUCCAUGCGCCACCUGGUGCAGGCCUCGCUGCUCCACCUGACUCUGCUGUUGUUAACCACCUGCCACAGUGUGCUGAAAUGUCCUCAGGACCUGGUCUGGGGGGACGACCUCGUCACUAGCCCAUAUAAGUCAGAAAGGACCCCUCUGUUCCUGUUGGACUUGAUUCUGGAUCAGACUGGGGUUCAUUACAGCACUCCACUCGAGAACUUUAAGACAUCCAUGGUCAACCUGUUCGAUAAGGCCAUUCUGGCCACUUACAAAGUACCUCAGCUUGAUAAGUUUGUAAUGAAGAAGAUGUUCGUCGCUGGGGAUCCGUUGCUUGAGUCAGUGAAUCUUUGGGAACCAGAAGUAACUGCGCUGAGAGAAAAGGUGUCCAAUGCUGUGAUGCAAGGAGUCAUACCUCUCAGGGCCUAUGCUGCUGAGUAUGAGAAAUACUUAGAUUUACACAACCUGGACAUAGAAACCCUUCUCAAAUCUCCUGCGAAUGCAGAACAGACAUCCCAGGAAGUGAAAAAAGAGGUGGAACAACAUCUCAAAGACAAGGAAACACUUGAGCACUCUCUGCCGUCCUCCAUUGUAAUUGGAACAUUUGUUAUUCGAGUGGAGGGUGUACGUCAGGCUCUCUCCAACAAGAAAAAGGCUUUAGCCAAUGCAAUGCUGGCCACCCUUGUUGGGAAGCUAAGCAAGCAGGUUGAUGAAGCAUGUGAAGAGUACAACACAAUCAGUAGAAAGCUGCGUGAGAAACUGAACAGCAUUGAAGAACUGAGUGAGAAGAGGGAAUGGAUGAAGCAAGUCCCAGACCAGCUCAAGAGUUACAAGGAAGUUAUUGGAAAGACCCUGUCAGACUAUGAGCUCAUAGAAGAGCUUCGAUACUCUCUUUCAAAUGAGAACGUUGAUAAAAAGUGGACAGCUAUUAGAUGGCCUCAAAAGAUAAUAAGCCAGAUGGAAGCAACGGCCGCCCAGCAUUUGGAGGAUGAAGAGCGCUUCAAUAAGAUUCAGCUGGCCGACCAGAACAACUUUGAGGACCACCUCAACUCGCUAAAGAUGCUGGUUGCUGGGUUUGCGUGUCAUGAUGACAUCAAUCAUGCCCAUGAGGUGGCCAACGAAGUGAGGCGUACAACCAAGCAACUGAAGGAGUGUCAGACAAUGGCUCAAACCUACAACACCAGAGAGCGUCUGUUUGGUAUUCCUGUCACUAAUUAUGAUCGGCUGCAGAAGCUGGUGAAGGACUUCCAGCCUUUUACGGACCUGUGGACCACCACCUCUGAUUGGAUGCGUUGGCACGAGAGCUGGCUCAAUGACCCGCUGUCUUCCAUAGACUCAGAGCAGCUGGAGCGCAAUGUUACAGAUGUCCACAAGACCAUGAACAAAUGUGUGAAACACUUCAAGGACAUUCCUGGCUGCCAGAUGGUUGCAUCGGCGAUCUGCAUCAAGAUCGUGGACUUCCAGCCGUACAUUCCUCUGAUUCAGGGCCUGAGGAACCCGGGGAUGAAGAACCGCCACUGGGAGAUUCUUUCAGACCGCAUUCAGAUGAAGGUCAAGCCCAAAGCCAACCUCACCCUCUCUCGAUGCCUGGAGCUGGGCCUACAGAACCACAUAGAGGACAUAGCUCAUGUGGGCGAGGUGGCAGGGAAGGAGUACACCAUUGAACAGGCCCUGGACAAGAUGGAAAACGAGUGGUCGACAAUAUUCUUUGACGUGUUGCCCUACAAGGAUACAGGCACCUACAUCCUGAAGAGCCCAGAUGAAGUCUCACAGCUGCUGGACGACCACAAUGUCAUGACGCAGAGCAUGUCCUUCUCUCCCUUCAAAAAGUCCUUUGAGGCCCGUAUCAACACCUGGGAGGGCAAAAUCAGAAUGACUCAGGACGUGCUAGAGGAGUGGUUGACAUGCCAACGCUCCUGGCUUUACUUAGAGCCCAUCUUCAGCUCGGAUGAUAUCACCCAGCAGCUGCCUGUGGAAGGAAAGAGAUACCAGCAAAUGGAUCAAACGUGGAAAGCAGUCAUGAAAAGUGCCUUUAAAAAUCCAAAGGUGAUUGAGGUGUGCCCAGAUUCUAGGCUACUAGAAAAACUGAAAAAGUGCAACGAACUGCUGGAACAGGUCCAGAAGGGUCUUAGUGAAUACUUGGAAACAAAAAGAGGCUCCUUCCCCAGGUUUUACUUCCUGUCAGACGAUGAACUCUUGGAGAUCCUGUCCCAGACCAGAGAUCCUACUGCUGUUCAACCUCACUUGCGCAAAUGCUUUGAAAACAUUGCACGGCUUCAAUUCCAGUCAGAUCUACAGAUCACACACAUGUACUCUGGAGAGGGGGAGGAGGUGAAGCUGGCCCUGCCGGUGUAUCCCACUGGGAAUGUGGAGCAUUGGCUCAGAGAGGUUGAGAAAUCUAUGAAGGCAACACUGAGUGAUAACAUUAACCGUUCACUCCAAGUUUACCCUGAGCAACCUCGUACAGAGUGGGUGUUGUCGUGGCCGGGUCAGGUGGUGAUAGCCGGCUGUCAGGUCUUUUGGACUACUGAGGUGUCCGAGGCUUUGGAGCAGGGAGACUUAACCGAGCGCCUUUACCCCCAACUACAGACACAGCUGGGCGACUUGGUGCAGCUGGUGAGAGGACCUCUGUCUAAGAUGCAGCGGGCGGUGCUGUCUGCCCUCAUCGUCAUAGAGGUCCACGCUAAGGAGGUUGCAGCCAAACUGGUGGAGCUGCAGGUCUCCAGCAUCAAUGACUUUGAGUGGAUCAGCCAGCUCAGAUAUUACUGGACAAAAAAUGACUUGUACAUCCGGGCAGUGAAUGCAGAGUUUUUGUACGGAUACGAGUACCUUGGUAACUCCGGACGUCUGGUCAUCACCCCGCUCACUGACAGAUGCUACCUGACCCUAACAGGAGCUCUACACCUGAAGUUCGGAGGGGCUCCUGCAGGUCCAGCAGGGACAGGGAAGACAGAAACCACUAAAGAUCUGGGAAAGGCGCUGGCUAUUCAGACCGUUGUUUUCAACUGCUCUGAUCAGCUGGACUUCAUUGCUAUGGGCAAGCUUCUCAAAGGACUGGCCAGCUCCGGGGCCUGGGCAUGCUUUGAUGAGUUUAAUCGUAUUGAUGUGGAGGUGUUGUCUGUUGUGGCGCAGCAGAUCACCACCAUACAAAAGGCCCAAAUGCAAAGGGCAGAGCGGUUCAUGUUUGAGGGGGCAGAGAUCCCUCUAGUCCAGUCCUGCGCCGUGUUCAUCACCAUGAAUCCUGGGUACGCCGGACGCACGGAGCUGCCUGACAAUCUCAAGGCACUGUUUCGUCCCGUGGCGAUGAUGGUACCUGACUACGCUAUGAUUGCUGAGAUCUCCUUGUACUCAUUUGGCUUCAGUGAUGCCAAAAUCCUCUCCAAGAAGAUCACCACCACCUUCAAGCUCUCCUCCGAACAGCUCAGCGCUCAGGAUCAUUAUGACUUCGGUAUGAGAGCGGUGAAGACUGUGAUCUCAGCUGCUGGAAACCUCAAGAGAGAAAAUCCUGAUAUGAACGAGGAGCUGAUCUGUCUGCGAGCCAUUCAAGAUGUCAACGUACCAAAGUUUUUACAGGACGACCUGAAGCUCUUCAACGGUAUUGUGUCCGAUCUUUUCCCAAAGACAAAACAGGAGCCAAUCGACUACGGCACACUGGAGGAGUCCAUGCGUGAUGUCUGCACCAAGAAGAACCUCAAAGAUGUGGAUGGGUUUAUUUCUAAGUGUAUUCAGCUGUAUGAGACCACUGUGGUGAGACACGGCCUGAUGUUGGUGGGACCCUCUGGAUCCGGUAAAACCAAGUGUUAUGAGGUUCUAGGUGCGGCGAUAACAGCUCUGAAGGGCCAGCCCUCUGUGAGCGGUGAUGUGUACGAAGCGAUUCAGAUAUAUGUCCUCAACCCAAAGUCUAUCACCAUGGGACAGCUCUACGGGGAGUUUGACCUGCUCACACACGAGUGGACAGAUGGCAUCCUCUCCGCUGUUAUCCGUUCAGGUGCAUCAUCCAUGGACACUGUGAAAAAGUGGUAUAUGUUUGAUGGGCCAGUGGACGCAGUUUGGAUUGAGAACAUGAACACUGUGCUCGAUGACAACAAGAAACUGUGCCUCAGCUCGGGGGAAAUCAUCAAGCUCAGUGAGGUGAUGACCAUGAUGUUUGAGGUGCAGGACUUAGCGGUGGCCUCCCCAGCCACAGUGUCUCGCUGUGGGAUGGUCUACCUGGAGCCCAGCGUUCUGGGCCUCGUCCCUUUCACAGAGUGUUGGCUGAGGCGAGUCCCUGAAGCCCUGAAACCGUUCACAAAGCAGCUCGAAUCGCUUUUUGCCAGGUUCCUCCAGGACUCCAUCACAUUUGUCCGCACAUCAGUAAAGGAGGUCAUCACAUCUCUGGACAGCAACCUCACCUGCAGUCUGCUUAAAGUUAUGGACUGCUUCUUCAAUCCCUUCAACAUUAAAGAGCAUGAGAGGCCACCGCCCAAAAAGAAAUUGGAUCGUCUAAAGGAGCUGAUUGAGCCUUGGUUCGUCUUCUCUCUGGUGUGGAGUGUGGGGGCCACAGGAGACGCAGCCAGCUGUAAGCGCUUCAGUGCCUGGCUCAAGGGGAAGAUGGCAGAGGAAAAGAUUCAGCUAUGCUUUCCAGAGGAGGCGCUGGUGUACGACUAUCGGCUUGAGGAUGCUGGCAUUAGCAACUUUGAGGACGAGGAUGAAACUGGGGGGAAAAAAGUCCAGUGGGUCAGCUGGAUGAAAAAUGCAAAGAGUGUUGUAAUUACCCCAGAGACCAAUUAUUCUGACAUCAUCGUUCCCACCGCUGACACAGUGAGGAUAUCUUUCCUCAUGGAUAUGCUUUUGACCAAUAAGAAACCUGUGCUCUGUAUUGGGCCGACUGGCACUGGAAAGACUCUGACAAUGUCCGACAAGCUGCUGAAGAACAUGCCCUCUGAAUUCAUCACACACUUCGUCAUGUUCUCUGCACGCACCUCGGCCAAUCAGACUCAGGACUAUAUUGACAGUAAAUUAGACAAAAGGCGGAAAGGAGUGUUUGGACCUCCAAUAGGAAAGCACUUCAUCUUGUUCAUUGAUGACCUGAACAUGCCCAUGUUGGAGACCUAUGGCGCUCAGCCUCCUAUUGAGCUGUUGAGGCAGUGGAUGGACCAUGGAGGCUGGUACGACAGGAAACAGAUAGGGACAUUCAGGCAAAUAGUGGACAUCAAUUUUGCCUGUGCCAUGGGACCCCCAGGCGGAGGCCGAAAUCCCAUCACCCAACGCUUCACACGCCACUUCAACUUCUUGUCCUUCACUGAAAUGGACGAUGCCAGCAAGAAAACUAUUUUCUCCACCAUUCUGGGCGGUUGGAUGAGUGAGUUGGGGGUUCUCUCGUUAGUGACUACAAACAUUAGACCUGUGCCAGCCAUCCAGCCUCUGAAUGAGCCUCUCGUAGACGCUACAAUCCGAGUCUACUCCACCAUCACCUCCCAGCUCCUCCCGACUCCAGCCAAGUCCCAUUACACCUUCAACCUCAGAGACCUGUCCAAAGUCUUCCAGGGCAUCCUCAUGGCUGAGGCUGGGAUGAUAGAGGACAAAUUGCAGCUGUUGCGGCUGUGGUACCAUGAAAGCUGUCGGAUUUUCCGAGACCGCCUGGUGUGUGCUGAAGAUGUGGACUGGUUCAACAGGCUCCUCAAAGACUGCAUUCAGGACUUUGACUGCAACUUUGAGGAGGCCGUGCCCUGCCAGCCGGUUCUGUACGGAGAUUUCAUGAUUCCUGGGGCCGACCCCAAAGUCUACACACUCAUAGAAGAUAAGGAACAGUUGGCGAAAGUGAUGGAAAAAUAUAUGGAAGACUACAACCAAUUCAGUACCACCAAGAUGAAGCUGGUGCUCUUCAUGGACGCCAUUGAGCACGUGUGCCGCAUCAGCCGCAUCCUGCGCCAGCCUCUGGGCAACGCCCUGCUGCUCGGGGUGGGAGGGAGCGGGCGCCAGUCCCUCACUAAGCUGGCAUCACAUAUUUCAGACUACGAGUGUUUCCAGAUUGAGCUGUCGAAGAACUACGGUCAGACAGAGUGGAGAGAUGAUCUUAAAAGCAUAAUGCUGAAAGCCGGCCUUGAGAAUCAACAGAUCACCUUCCUCUUUGUGGACACACAGAUAAAGAGUGAGUCAUUCCUGGAGGAUAUCAACAACAUUCUGAACUCCGGGGAUGUUCCCAACCUGUAUGCGUCGGAUGAGCAGGAGCGCAUCCUGGCAGCCAUGAAGCCAGUGGUGGAGGAACUAGGCCAGCAGCUGACUAAACCCAACCUCAUGGCCGCCUACAUCAGGAGGGUCCGCAGCAACAUCCACACUGUCCUCUGCAUGAGUCCUAUGGGUGAGGUGUUUCGUGCACGGCUGAGGCAGUUUCCCUCCCUGGUGACAUGUUGCACCAUAGACUGGUUCAGCGCCUGGCCGGAGGAGGCUCUGCAGGCUGUGGCUACAUCGUUCCUCAAUGAGCUGCCUGAGCUAGACGUCAGCCCCACAGCCAUGAGGGGACUGACAUUGAUGUGUGUGGAGAUCCACCAGAUGGUAGCCAGGAAGUGUGAUCAGUACCUGGCCGAGCUUUCCAGGCACAACUACGUCACCCCCAAGAGCUACCUGGAGCUGCUGAAAAUCUUCUCAGAUCUCAUUGUGCGCAAGAAGCAAGAACUGUGCAGUGCUCGUCAGCGCAUGAAGACCGGCCUAGACAAGCUCCUCAGCACAGCAGAUGAUGUGAGUAAGAUGCAGGAAGAGCUGGGGACGAUGAGACCACUUUUGGAGGAGGCCACCAGGGACACUGAAGUCACCAUGGAGACCAUCAAAAUAGACACGGUAGUUGCAGAGGAUACCCGGAAGUUGGUGCAAGCAGAGGAAGCCAAGGCCUCAGCGAAAGCUCAUUUUGCAGGAGCAAUUGCUGCGGAUGCCCAGAAAGACUUGGACCUGGCUCUGCCCGCCCUCGACUCUGCGCUCAACAGCCUCAAGUCCCUCAACAAGAACGAUAUCACUGAGGUGCGAGGCAUGCAGCGCCCUCCCCAGGGGGUGAAGCUGGUUAUGGAGGCAGUGUGCAUCAUGAAGGGCAUCAAACCCAAAAGGGUACCUGGAGAGAAGCCUGGCACCAAGGUGGACGACUACUGGGAGGUUGGUAAGGGUCAGCUUCAAGACCCUGGCAAGUUUCUGGAGAGCCUCUUUAACUUUGAUAAGGAAAACAUCCCAGAGAGCGUGAUCAGUUUAGUCCAGCCCUACAUAGAUAACGAGGAGUUCCAGCCAGCCAACAUUGCCAAAGUUUCCAAAGCCUGUACCUCUAUUUGCCAGUGGGUGCGAGCCAUGCAUAUAUAUCACUUUGUUUCCAGGGGUGUGGAAGUUAAGAGGACAGCCCUCAAGGAGGCCUCGGAGGACUUAGCAGCCACGCAGCUCAUCCUGGAUGACGCCAAUGAAAAGCUGGCCGUGGUUGAGGGCGGCAUUGCCACUUUGCAAGCCAAGUACCAGGCCUGUGUGGCCAAGAAAGAUGAGCUGGACCAAAAAUAUCAACUGUGUGAGGCCCGCCUCAUCCGAGCAGACAAGCUUAUUGGUGGACUGGCAGAUGAGAAGGUGCGUUGGAAGGAAACAGUGCUAAAUCUGGAGUACAUGGUCAAUAAUGUGGCCGGCGAUGUGCUUCUGUCUGCUGGAUACCUCGCAUACCUGGGACCCUUCACUGGCGAGUACAGGGCCGCCAUGGCAGAGGAGUGGCUGCAGUGUUUCAAAAAGCUAAAUGUUCCACACACUGCCGAACCAAACCUGAUCAACACCUUCGGAGACCCGGUCAAGAUCCGCUCAUGGCAGAUAUCAGGUCUGCCCAAGGAUAACCUCUCAGUGGAGAACGGUGUGAUCACCCAGUACUGUCUGCGCUGGCCUUUAUUCAUCGAUCCUCAGGGACAAGCCAACACUUGGAUCAAAAACAUGGAGAAGGACAGUAGAUUGGAGGUCAUUAAGUUAAGUGACCGGGACUUCCUCCGCAGUCUUGAGAAUGCCAUUCGCUUUGGGAAACCCUGCCUCUUGGAGAAUAUAGGAGAGGAGUUGGAUCCUGCCCUAGAGCCUGUCUUGUUGCAACAAACAUUUGUGCAGAGAGGCAGCACCAUGCUGAAGCUGGGGGACACAGUCAUCCCUUACCAACAAGGCUUCAAGAUGUACAUCACCACCAAGCUGCCUAACCCACACUACUCUCCAGAGGUGGCCACCAAAGUCACCCUCAUUAACUUCACCCUGUCACCAAGCGGUCUGGAGGACCAGCUGCUGGGCCAGGUGGUGGCUGUGGAGCGUCCAGACCUGGAGGAGGCUAAGAACCAGCUGAUCAUCAGCAACGCUCAGAUGAAACAGGAGCUGAAAGAAAUUGAGGAUGAGAUCCUGUUCCGACUCAGCUCCACUGAGGGAAACCCCGUGGACAACGAGGAACUCAUCCAAGUGUUGGGAGCUUCCAAGAUCAAAGCUGGAGAGAUCAAGGCCAAAGUGGUGGUGGCAGAGCAGACGGAGAAGGACAUUGACGCCACCCGCCUGGAGUACGUUCCAGUGGCUGUGCGCACACAGAUCCUAUUCUUCUGUGUAUCGGACCUGUCGAAUGUCGACCCCAUGUACCAGUACUCACUGGAGUGGUUCCUCUGCAUCUUCAUGGCUGGCCUUGCCAACUCUGAGAAAGCAGACACAGUGGAGGAGAGGAUUGCCAACAUAAAUGAGUUUUUCACCUUCAGCCUGUACAGCAAUGUGUGCCGCAGCUUAUUUGAGAAGAACAAACUCAUGUUUGCCUUUCUCCUGUGCACUCGCAUCAUGAUGAAUGACAACAAAAUUGAUAUGGCUGAGUGGCGUUACCUACUGUCUGGAGGGAUGCCCGCCCAGGAGCUGACGAACCCAGCAGUGAGUUGGCUGUCAGAGCGAGCCUGGAAAGACAUUCUGGGCCUCAGCGCUCUGGACAACUUCAGAAACCUUGCAGAGAGCUUCCCCGAACAUCUGCAGGGUUUCAAGAGCAUCUUUGACAGCAACCAGCCUCACAGGGACCCUCUCCCAGGACAGUGGGACACCGAGCUGGACUCGUUCCAGAAGCUGCUGGUGCUGCGCUGUCUGAGGGCCGACCGUCUUGUUCAAGGCCUGCAGGACUUUGUCUCGGCUCAGCUGGGACAACGCUUCAUAGAGCCUCAGACGUCAGACCUGUCGGUGGUCUUCAAGGAGUCUUCCCUCUCCACCCCCCUCAUCUUUGUGCUCUCCCCUGGCACAGACCCCGCUGCUGACCUCUACAAAUUUGCGGAUGUCAUGCAGUUCUCCAAGAAAAUGAGUGCCAUCUCUCUGGGCCAGGGCCAGGGCCCCUGGGCAGAGAAGCUCAUGCUCGCUGCUAUGGAGAGAGGUCAUUGGGUCUUCUUCCAGAACUGCCACCUGGCGCCCAGCUGGAUGCCCUCCCUGGAGAGACUCAUUGAAAACAUCAGCCCAGUAAAGGUGCACAAGGACUUCCGUAUGUGGCUCACGAGCCUUCCCAGCAACAAGUUCCCGGUGUCUAUUCUCCAAAAUGGCUCAAAGAUGACCAUCGAGCCUCCCAAGGGAAUCAAGGCCAAUCUACAGAAGACCUACCUGAGGCUCACCAAUGAGUUCUUCACCUCCUCCACAAAGGCAUCACACCUCAAGGCUUUGCUUCUGUCUCUUUGUCUCUUCCAUGGAAUUUCUCUAGAGCGAAGGAAGUUUGGCCCACUGGGCUUCAACAUUCCCUACGAUUUCACCGACGGAGACUUGAACAUCUGCAUCAGCCAGGUCAAAAUGUUCCUGGACGAGUACCAGGACGUCCCGUACAAGGUGUUAAAAUAUACCGCUGGGGAGAUCAAUUACGGCGGCCGAGUGACAGAUGACUGGGACAGACGAUGCCUGCUGAGCGUCCUGGAGGAUUUCUACUGUCCUGCUGUGCUGGAAGACGGUCACUUCUACUCUCCGUCUGGAGUCUACCGGCAGAUAGACACAGAUCUGGAUAUCAAGGGUUACCUGGCAUACAUUCGUGGUUUGCCCAUCAAUGAUACACCUGAGAUCUUUGGUCUCCAUGACAACGCCAACAUCAGCUUUGCCCAAAACGAGUCCUUCGCCCUGCUGGGAGCUCUGGUUCGACUCCAGCCUCGAGCUUCAUCUGCCGGGGGCAAAUCUCUGGAAGAGAUAGUGGAGGAGAUCGUGGCAGGCAUCGUAGAGAAGAUUCCUCGGCCUUUCAACAUUCAGGACGUGACGGAAAUGUUCCCGGUGCUCUAUGAAGAGUCCAUGAACACAGUGCUCAUCCAGGAGGUCAUCAGAUACAACAAUCUGCUGGCAGUCAUCUCUCAGAGUCUCGGAGACAUCGUGAAGGCUCUGAAAGGUUUGGUGGUGAUGUCGUCUGAACUGGAGCUCAUGGCCAGCAGCCUGUUCAUCAAUGUGGUGCCCGAUAUGUGGAAAGCCAAGGCCUACCCGUCCCUGAAGCCUCUGGCAUCCUGGGUGUCAGACCUGAUUCAGAGGAUCAAUUUCCUGCAGAAAUGGAUCUGUGAUGGCAUUCCACCUGUUUUCUGGAUUAGCGGCUUCUUCUUCCCGCAGGCUUUCCUCACAGGAACGCUCCAGAACUACGCCCGCCGCUCUGGCAUCUCCAUCGACACAAUUGGAUUUGACUUUGAGGUGAUAGAGAAGUUGGCGUCAGAGAUAACAGAGAAGCCAGACACAGGCUGCUACAUCCACGGUCUCUUCGUAGAGGGCGCUCGUUGGGAUAGUGAAGCGGGUCAAAUCACUGAAUGCAGGCCCAAGGAGCUCUACACAGAGAUGGUUCUGAUCAGGCUGAUCCCCGAACCCAACCGCAAAGCCCCCACCUCGGGGGUCUACAUCUGCCCCAUCUAUAAGACCCUCACACGGGCCGGGACUCUGUCUACCACCGGUCAUUCCACCAACUAUGUGAUGGCAGUGGAGGUGCCUACAGAUCAGAGUCAGAGACACUGGAUCAAACGGGGAGUCGCCCUCAUCUGUGCACUGGACUACUGAAUACACACACUCUUAUUCAUACACAAAAACACCUGUAAAAAACUGUAUUGUUUCACGGCUCACUACAAUUAUAAUUGCAGUUAUGGUCAAACCGACACUUUGCACUUUGUCAUUAAAAUGAGCUCAUUUAAA